AUGUUAUCUAGCAUGUGUGCGGCUAGGACAACAUCAUGGCAGGUGUCGCUACUGGUGGAGCUGGCGGUGACAUUGAUGCUGUGUACAGUCAGCAGCUGGGCCGAGAUGACAACCGAGUGUCGGGACGUUGAGGACAGCUUGUCGUUCUGGGCACAACAGUUGGGCAACCUCUCCUACUCCCCGACAUAUCCCUCCACAGGCAAGUUUGUCUAUACCAGCAGAUUUCAACACAAUCUGCAAGACGUCUGCCCGGCCAUGCCUGAAUACAGAACCACGCGACCGGGUCUUCACCGAGUGUCGCUCUGCCCAUGGACCUACGUCACCGACUUUGAUUACGACAGAUUCCCACAUCAAAUGGUCUACGCUCAAUGCUCGUGUGGUAGGUGUGCUUCCCCCAACGGCGUACAGCAUCUAUGCCGGCCGCUCUACCAGUCAUUUCACGUGAUCCGUCGGGUGUGUGAGAACGGAGCUUUCAGAUACAGAUUCGCCUAUGAGAGUUUACCAAUCGCCUGUAUAUGUUCGUACAGAGAGACCUUCGUGGUCGACUGA